AGACUCAUCGCUACACAGAUCUCGAUUCUGCAGACGAAACUGCCCUCCUUUACAAUACAGUUCAUGAACACUUGAAAAGAAUGCCAACUUCUUUCUGGUCUCUGACCUAUAUUUAGCAGUUAGAUCGAGAAUUCAGUUCAAGUAGUGUUUGCACUGACAUUAUUAUGUCCAUUUCCAUGAUCUGUUUUUGCUUGAAGAAGAUUAGACAAAAGGCAAAGCUUGAAAAUUACAUCAUUCUUUCUUCAGAGACAUGGUUCACAGUGAAUGAAGUGGAGGCUUUGCUUGACUUGUAUAAAAGACUAAGCAGUUCAAUUUUUGAUGAUGGCCUUAUUCACAAGGAGGAGUUCCGGCUUGCACUUUUCCGAAACAGCAGGGAAGAGAAUCUAUUUGCAGACAGGGUGUUUGAUAUGUUUGAUACUAAGCGUAAUGGAACAAUUGACUUUGAGGAAUUUGUCCGGUCACUGAGCAUCUUUCAUCCGAAUGCUCCUGCAGAGAUGAAGAUUUCAUUUGCAUUUAAGUUGUAUGAUCUUCGGAAGACCGGAUACAUUGAGCGUGAUGAGUUGAAGGAGAUGGUCUUGGCUAUUCUGGCUGAAUCAGAUCUAACAGUUUCAGAUGAAGUUGUGGAAGCAAUAGUGGACAAGACCUUAAACGAAGCAGACUCAAAUGGUGAUGGAAAGAUUGAUGAAGAGGAGUGGAAAGGAUUUGUGGCAAAGUAUCCGUCUCUUCUAAAGAUGAUGACUCUUCCAUGUCUUAGGGAUAUAACCACGAGCUUCACCAGUUUCAUAUUGAACACACAGGUGGAAGAAGAAGAUGGCUCCUUAGAGCCUCGUAUGAAAAUAAUGGGAUGCGCUUGCUCUAAACAACGUCUUGAGCAUGAAGAUCCAGCAGUUCUUGCUACCCAAACCUGCUUUACCGUAUCUGAAAUUGAAGGACUGUACGAGUUGUUCAAGGAGCUGAGUAGUUCUAUGGUUGAUGACGGGCUUAUCAGCAAAGAAGAGUUUCAGCUGUGCUUAUUUGGAAGUAGCAAGAUACAGAGCCUAUGUGCAGACCGGGUUUUUCAUUUAUUUGACUCAAAAAAUGAUGGGGUAAUAGAAUUUGGAGAGUUUGUUCGAGCUCUGAGUGUCUUCCAUCCAGCUGCGCCACAGGCACAAAAAGCAGCUUGUACUGUAUUUCCUCUCAACACUCAUUUCGUGAGCUUGCCAUUCCAUUUUUCGUAUUCUGAAGUCUUGGUACUUAAUGUAACAGUUGCAUUUCGAAUUUAUGAUCUAAGGCAAACUGGUUUCAUUGAACGUGACGAGUUAAGAGAGUUGAUAUUGGCACUUUUAAGGGAGUCAGAUUUGAUUCUUUCUGAAGACUUAAUUGAGGCCAUAAUUGAUCAGGCAUUUAAAGAAGCAGAUUUAAAAGGAGAUGAGAAGAUCGAUCUAGAGGAGUGGAAUGAAUUUGCAGCUCAAAACCCAUCCAUACUGAGGAACAUGACAAUUCCAUAUUUACAGGAUCUUAAUGCUCAGUUUCCCAGGAGAUGAUACAACCAGAGCAACAUGCGAAAAGAUAACACUAGCUCAAGACUAAGAGUAUCUGGAUUGAUGUUAUCCUAUAUAUUCUAGGGGAGAAAAUCAACUGAACAAUGUAAAC